AUGCUGACUCAUACAGGGGAGCGGCCGUUUUCUUGCAGCGUCUGCAGUAAAUCGUUCAACGCUCAGGCCAAUCUGCUCCGGCACAAGCUUACACAUACAGGGGAGAAGCCACACAAGUGUCAGCUGUGUGGCAAGGCAUUCAGCCAGUCUUCAACACUCCAGCAGCAUCGCCGAAUUCAUACUGGGGAGCGGCCUUACCCAUGUCAAGUUUGCGGCAAAGCCUUCCGCCAAUCCACCCACCUCAAGGACCACAUCCGCCUUCACACGGGGGAGAAACCCUUCAAAUGUGAUGUUUGUGGCAAAGCUUUCACCAUUGCAGUGCGUCUAGCUGAGCACAAGCGUAUUCAUACAGGUGAGCGACCCCACGCCUGCCCAGAAUGUGGACGUGCGUAUCGUUCCUUUUCCAACCUUUGGAAGCACCGGAAAUUGCACCGCGAGCAGGCUGUACCGCUGCAGGAUCAAGAGGCCCAUGCCACUGACCUCUCUAACACUGUGGCAAUAGUAGAGACUGUAGAAACCAUUCCCAUUAUAGAGACUGUAGAAAUUUUCCCAGAAGGCAGCGCCAUAAAUGUACAGGAUAUCCAGUUUGAGACUUUGCAGGUGGAGAAUAUACACUUGGGAAACAUUCAGAUUGGUACUUUGUGA